AUGGCAUUGCAGCCGUUUAGAGACGAGCAAUUAAAUUUCUUCAAGUUCUCGUCGUUAGUGUUAAAUGAAUUUCCAAAAGCUUUACGGCAGACCUUUAAGACCAUGUGGGACAACACCUAUGGAGGUCGCCCUGGUUUCCAGCUCUGGGAUGAUUCAACUGCUGUAAGAAAUUUGUUUGCCACUACAGAGGGGGGCAGGACUAAAGUUGCUAUUCACCAGUCUUACAAAGACUGGGAUUGUACCAACCUGUUCCAGGCUACAAUAUUUGCGAGGUCUUUUGCAUUACCAGCCAGUACAGGAUCCUCCACGCUUAGUGAUUUGUACUUGAAACCCCGUGCCUUACCUCAUGGUAGUUUCCACGCAUGUGUGCUCAGCCCGGGUGGAAACAAUGCGGAGACCUUUACACUUGCUAUAGAUCAGCUUCGUCGUCUUAGAAAUUCACUUUGUCACUCAACAAGUUCUGAGAUGGACAAACUCACCUUUGACCAGCGCGUUAAUUUCGCCAGAGAUGCGUUUCAAGCUCUUGGUGUCUCGACAGCCCCAAUUGACGCCGUUGGUAGUUUGACGGAGUCGGACUUUCCUACAAAUGAAGUUCGUGCAUUGGAAAUGCGACAACGAGACGAGACUCGAGCGUACAUCAAUUUUUUCGAGGAAGCCUUAUUACAAGCAUUAAACACAGGACAUGAAAAGCAGUACAUGUAUAUUGCGAACAAAGAAGACAUAACUAGGUUGGAGAAGAAGUUCGAUGAGUUGAAAGAAGGACUAGAACGUGAUGCUGAAAGUAAAAAUUCAGGUAUCAUUAAAAAGACAUAGAAAACCUAACCGAGACUCAUGUAGAUUGUACUGAGGUGGUCCUUUGAAGUCAUUCAAAGCAUCGAGUUAGUUACAGCGACACUGUAUUAAAUAAUUAUUGAGGGGCUCUAGAAUUUUAUCAGAAACAAGGAAAACCUGCCAAGCAAAACGCUUUGAGUAUUAUCAUAAACGCUUUAGUUUCUAGUAAGCUAUUUUAUUGCUCCUCUGUUUGGAGCAACACCACCCAAUCUAAUCUGGACAAACUCUAAGCUGUACAGAAUUUCGCCUUAAGAAUUGUGAGCGGGGCUGGAAAUUUGAUCAGGUCACUGCCUUGUUAAAGGACUUGCACUGGCUCCCAGUCAAGCACCAGCUAUACUUUCGACUUGCUGUUUUAGUAUUUAAGUACAUGACUGGCGGUGCCUCAGCGUACUUAACAUCAAAGUUAAUAAAAAGAGCGGCCAUUUCGACAAGGACAACCAGGAACUCGGAUGAUGUUGAUAACACCACUCUUCCGCACUGCUAGUGGCCAAAGGUCGUUCGAAUAUAGAGCGACGUCUCUUUGGAAUAAGUUGGAACCAGAGCUCAAGCGAAGCAAAUCCGUUAAAAGUUUUAAGCGUCAACUUAGAAGACUUCUUCUGGACGCCUCCUUUAGUUAGUUAAUUAUUUUUUUGUGUUUUUAGCUUUCUGUGUUUAAUAUUAUUACUGUGACAUUGACUCUGAAAAGCCCUGUGGGGACGAGCCAAUAAACAAUAUAUAUAUUUAUAUGUAUGUGUUUCCAAGCGAGUUUGUUCGCUCUCGUUCCAAAACGUUCGCCACGAACUCGCUUGAAAAGGGCUGCUACGCAGGCUAUUUCCUGUGGAUUUUUCAUGAGAUGGAACAGCCAGUGUGGCAGGCUCGAGCCCCUGAGUUUCUCCUUUCACUAUUUUAAAAAUUUUUAAGAUUUAAAAAAUGUUCAAAAAAACUCGACGUCUUGUCCUGAAUUGACAACGAAAGAAAGGACUUUAUUUAAGAUAAUUCCUGGUUUUGCACUGUAAAUCGCGUGGUGCGCAUAACACUGCGACUUCAAAAGUAGCGUUGAUUUUCACCUGUCGCCUAAAAAGAGGUAACAAAGGCCACUUUUGCAGUGCAAAUGCUGUUAAUAGCAAUUUUAAUAACUCUACCAUUCUCAAAGGUGUUUGUCUUGAAACUCGCCCCAGUCUCCUUCCGCAAAAUGAUUAUUUGAGGCCGAAAUUGUCUCUUUAUUUUCGGUUGGCGAUGAAACGAAAACGGUGACCCACCUUUUUUAUUUGUGUUUUUUACUCGUUGUGGCUCCAAAAAUAUAUACUUUAAGGAGAAAAAAUCUGGAUAGUAGAAGUUGUAUUUUUUUAGAUAUGAAUGACGCGAAUUUAAAGCAACAGAACUAAAGUACGAGAUAAUGUUAAAACUGUCUAUUUCUCUACCUUUUAUCAAGAUCGGGUAAUUUUAGGACACUUAACUGGAAAAAUAUAGCCCAGAAAGACAAACGGGCGUAAGGUUUUAGUAAGGUUCAUAGUUUUUGCGAUAAAAUAAGAAUUUUUGAUGGUUAUUAAAGUUUCGAACAUUUCGAGAGCUAGUAGGGAAAAAACACCCAGAAUUACAGGUUCACAGGGCGAAAACAAGCACCGUGACCAAAUCUUUUUAUUACAGUUUUUCAAUGUCCCAUACAUCACUAACAUUUGUGCCAAGUUUGAAAAAAGAAAGACCCUUAUUUCUGACUUCUACAGCAGAUAAAGCCACUUAUUUAUUUACGUGAGCAUGUGUUUCCCGCUUACUUUUUAUUUGUUUUUUUUUGUUUUGUUUUUUUUGUCUUAAAGGAACGAAGCCAUUUUUCUCAAAUGCCGCUUUACCUUCCGUGGUUCCAAAUUUUACAGGUCGUCAGAGCGAGUGCGAGGAUAUCAUCAGGCACGUGACAUCGGAAUCCACCCGACUGGUGUCGAUCUGCGGUUCACCAGGAUUCGGAAAAACUUCUGUCGCGAUUGCAGUGGGACACGCUGUUCAGUCUCGAGGAAUUCCUGUUUAUUGGAUGUCAUUAAGAGGACUCCAUUCCAAAGCAGAUCUGACUUCAAAGUUUCUUAGUUUUCUGAGGCAACCCAACACACAUACCAAACUGCCCGAUCAUCUUUUAUCCAUUGAUGAUGAGAUUUGCCUACUAUUCAGCGAAAUUUCAAAACCAUCUGUAGUUAUUCUUGACAAUGCAGAUGAUUUGCUAGAAACUGGUUGCCCGAAAAUGAAGGAAGAGGUCACACAACUUUUGGGGGAAAUUCUUAGGCGAAAUCAAAAGGUUACAUUUGUUGUAACCGCAAGAGAGUCUCUUGACUACAUAGACCUUAAUUUUCAAGGCCAUUGGGAGAUAAGAAUAAACCCACUGGAUGACGACUCUGCUCAAACUCUGGUUUCUGAGUUACUUCCAAAUGCAGGCGUUGCAGACUCCACUAAAAUCGCGCACAUCUGUGGACAAGUCCCUUUAGCCAUGAGAUUACUGUGUUCUUUAGUAUCUGAAGAAGAUAGUGCUCAACCGCGCCAUUUUCUAGAUAAUUUCAUGACAUCGUCGACAGGAAGUCUCGUUGAAAUGUUGGACCAUCCAGAUUAUCCAGCUAGGCACCGAUUACAGUUGUUGUUUGACUCUUCUUUCCAGAGACUAACUGCGCAUGAACAAGAAGUACUUGUCUCUUUGAGCAUUCUUCCCGACAAUUUUAGUACAGAGGUGGCUGCGGCUGUUUUAGGUAAGACAGGGACUAUCGAAACAACGAAGAUAUUAGGAAACCUUCGGAGGAAGUCGUUCAUCGAUUCAAGCUCUAAACCGGGCAUAUUUACAAUGCCAAGCUUUUGCAAUCGUUUGUCGUGGAUAAGGGAGAACAAGAGGUGA